AUUAUCAUUUGGAAAAAGAUGGGAAGACAGGAUAGCUGUUUGUGUAAAUAACAAGCAAACUUUUCCGUUCAAACAGCAGAAUAUGUCGUCGGUUAUUUAUGAUCCAUUUGUGGUGACAAAUCUUCCGAGACUCCCACCUAAAUCAGAUGUCUCGAAGCUUUGUUUCACUUCUCAAAUAAACGAUGCGCAUUCUAGCAGUUUUGACAUUAGUAUCAGUGGCUCAUAUAUUGCCACUUUUAUCACCAGGCCUUCUCCUAAAAUGAUAUGGUCCUACGCUUUAUCUCCGCAAGCGAUGAUUACAGCAAUGGAAUCUUUUGACUUCGAGGAUAUAAGCUCUAAUAAUCAGAGUAGUAACAACCAUUUAUUGAAUGACAAAAAACUCUUUGCCAUUGGUUACACAGAACGUAAGAAGAGCAAAUUAAAAUUCAUCACUUAUGGUAUAGAGGAAAAUAAUAACGGCAGCAAUUUGGAAGACGAAAACCAAAGCAGUUCGAUGUCGGUAGUCAAUGAAGAAGAAAGACAUACGAAUGAACUGGAAAAUAUUAAAGAAGUUAGAGAUAGGUCGAUUUCCGUUGACAGUGAAAUCAUAGGCUUGAAAUUCUCAAAAGACUCGAAAUCUGUUUUUUCGAUAUCCGCCAACGGAGUAAUUAAUGUCUGGAAAUUUUCAGUCGAUACAAAUGAAAUUGAAACACCAAUCUUGAACUUUAACGCAGAUGGUCUUGCACAUAAAAAGAGGAGAGUGAUAUUCCAUAAAUUCUUCAAGCCUGAAGAACUGAAGAUUGAUUCUCGUUCAGAAAAGGUUGAACAAUUGUUGUUAACGGCAGAAACGUGCUCGAAGAGGGAUUCCAUAAUUGUGCGUAUUUACUCAAUCAACAGCAACGAAGUUCUCGAGAUUUCCAGCUCUACCAUCUCUGGUCUUGGAUCAAUUGAUGAACUACAAUUCACUCACGAAAUCUCUGGCAAAUUGAUUAUUCUCAAGCAUGAACCAGAACUUGUGAUUAAGUCGUAUGACUUGCCUUUGAUUGACAAUGAACAGACUUUGAAAAUUGGCGGUGUUUUCAAGCAUGAGCCACAAGAUGCACCAACCUCCAUCAUGUGUGCUUCUACAAACAGAGUCCUAGUGACUAAAGGUAGUACCGUUGCGUUGAUCGAUAUCCAAUAUGAAGCUUUAUUGUCUUCGCUUGACUUAUAUUCCAGGUCGAAGGAACAGAACGUCAACGCUAAACCACCGAGAAAUGCCACUUUGUUGAGUGUACCAACAGUUGCAGGUAAUACACUCAGAUCUAAGAAAACUUUCGCUUUGUUGGUUUUAAAAAAUACCAAAGAGAACUAUUCACAAAUACAGUAUGUAUCAAUCGACGUUGGACUCGGAAAAUUGAGGGAUGCGUUAGUUUCGUUACCGGACAGUGAAGAAAAUGGCGCUGAAAACUUCAUAAGCUUUACACCUUACAUUUCCUCUAACGAGAUAUCGGAUGUUGAUGCCGAAGUGAAGUAUUUGAACGAACAGGUGCUGAAGAACAACGAAGAAAUGAGGGAUGUGUACAAAAAGCUCAAGGAAAUCAAGGGCUCCGGUGAUAUGAGUCUUUUGGAGAGCCGUAUGAUUUCAUAUUUGAAAAAUGCCCCUUAUGGUGAAUCACACUCAGAUAAUGAUUUCAAGGUGUACGAGUAUGAGAAGGACAGAUUUGUGGACCCUAAAUUUUUCAAGUUGUGCACGUUGUUACUUUUCAACUACAACGCACAGACAGAUUCGAUAUCGCUAGACUCUGAAAACAUUCCUGAGACAGCCUUAACAUACGUCCUGACGCACCCUCUUUUUCCUACACCGUAUGCAACUGGCUUACUUAGAGUACUUGAGGUUUCGCCAAGGUUGCAAAGGCAGGCGAUUGUGACAUGCGUCAACAUUCCGUGCCACGACUUCAUACUUGAGUUAAGCAGCGCCGAGAACGAUGAGAUCUUUAAGGAUAUCGUCAACCGGCUGAUCGAUGAAUUUUCUUCGGAGGAGAUUACGCAGGAAACGGUGAAGAUAAUGAAGAAGAAGCCCGGUCUUGGCAGCAAGAGCAACGGCACAGGUUUUGACCUGGACAAGAUCAUCGGCAAAAUAAUCAAGCUGAAUUACGGUUACGAGGUCUUAAACUCGUUCAUCGACUCCAACGGGUUGGUGUUGAGUCUCCACUAUGCGAACGAUGACACACAGUUGGCUAAGUUGAUCAAGCAGACGCAGACUAAGGUGAAGUCGAUGAUCGACGACACGGCAUUGCUCACGUUGGUGAACCAGACCCUGACGAAUGCUGAGCUUGGCAGAGAACAGGAGAAGAGCAAGAAAGCCAGUAAGAAAAGUCUGAGAAAUAGCAAGCCAUCCUCUGUCUCCGCUGGCGCCAGCCAGCUUGGCGAGAUCGAAGUGGAGACGAACAAGCUUGACAUGAUGCUCAAGGUCGGCGGCAGGGACUCUCAGUUCUCCAAAAAAACUACACGCACGAAGGUGUCCCCAUAUACUAUAGACAGACUUACUAUCUAGACUCGGUGUGACGCCUGUAACCUUCAUCAUGUAACCUUUAUCAUCUGUAAUUCCCAGCCCGUAGCAAACUGAAGACGUUUCUGCUUGUCCGGGUUGCUCUCGCCGAACGUGAAAUGGCAGCCGCCGCUCUU